AUGCUUAUCUGGGUUCUGGGAGGCUGCCCCGGCCCGGCUCACCUUGGACCUCCCAGAUUACCGGUAAUUUCCGUUACCAGGGUAAUUUACCGGUAAUUACCGGUAAUUACCGACCCUGAGAUCUCGUUACCGGGUAAUUUGCCAACUAUAAUAAAUGGGGUGGUGCAAAUAAGGCUAAUUAGCUAAAAAAUUAAUUCGGUCUUAGUGUCGGCGGCAGUUUCGCGGCAUCACUGGUUGAUUUGCGCACAGGUCGGAUGGCAGCUGGGCAAGGGGAGCUUCGGCACCGUUUUUGUCGCGCUCUCGCGCGCGAACCGACGCGACGUCCGCGCGGUCAAGGUCAUCGACCUCGGCCACGCCGACGCGCGGAGGGGGAGUACAGCGAUUGUGCUAUGA